GAGGAGUUCUUGAAAUUCACCCAGGGCAAACUCACACUACCUGAGUAUCGUCAGAAGUUUGACGAACUCGCAGAGUUUGGGCAAGACCUCGUCCCAACCAUGGAGAAGCGGUGCAAGCGCUUUGUGGAGGGUCUACGCCCCGACAUAUCAGCCCAUCUGAUCACUGCUCCUCGGGUUGACAUCAACGCACUGUUCAAGAAUGCGUUGGACAUGAAUGCAACCCUCAUCAAGAAGGCCGAGUACGAGCAGGCCCAGACGACGCAUCCUCGUUCACCUCCACCUAGCUCUAGCAGCAAGAGGUCUUCAUCCGUGCCAAGCAGCUCGCACACAAGCAAGAAGACCAAGUCAACACAUGCCCCGUCACCAGUGCCUACACAGGAGAGCGGGAAGGACCCGAGUCAGAGCGGGUACCGCUACUCGAUCUGCACCCAUUGUGGUCGAAGGCACCCCGGAGAAUGUUGGUUUACUCAGGGCUUAUGCCUAGGAUGUGGUCAGGCCGGGCAUUUCCGUAGGGACUGCCCGACGAACCCUGGCGAGGCGUUUACGACAGCACCCAAAGCUCCAGCCCCAGCCGCCCAGCCCACUCAGAGCCAAAGAUCGGUAGCAGUGUCCAGCCAGCCCAAUAGGCCGACGCUGAGCGCUCAGUCUGGAGAGGCUUCAGCUCGCACAAACGCAAAGCGCGGAUGCACUGAGUAGUUCGCACAUGACGUAAUCAUGCUGAUCAAUGACUAGGUAAAUUUCGAGGACGAAAUUUUUUAUUAAGGGGUGGAUAAUUGUAACGCCCUACAACCCGGUCUAUUAAAAUUGGUUGUUUUAAUUAAUUAAUUACUGUUCCGGUC